AUGAGCCUCCUUCCUACCUCUGCGCAGCCCUUCGUUGGCACACCACUUGAUGAAUCGCGGCCUCUGGCAUGCACUCUAUGGAAAACGGACUUCUUGUCUCAGUUGACGACGCGUGAUCUAGCGGGAUUCUACAUCGAGCCCAACCAUGUUCCUCGUGGCAUCCGACUCGAAGCUCUCAAGGUCAGCAAGACCUACCUGGGACGCGAUGAGAUCGACAACUGGGAAUUCUAUGUUGUGGAUAUUUCCUUAUCUGAUUAUUAUCGCAAUUUGCGUUUGGCGGAAAUCAAAGCGCACACAGCCGCCAUUCACGUGAAAGCGAUCAACGUUGAGGCGAGCAAGAAGCUCGCAGCUCAGCGCUAUGCCGCGCACACAUUCUUAGUGUCUGCCAUCUCAGUUUACCUUCGCCGCCUCUACCAGACAACGAUGUGUCCCUACUCGCUCUUUGAGCUUCUUAAGCACCUUCGAACUCUCAAGUUCACGGAAGAGAGUUGUAUCGACACUCUGGCUAUUGAGCUCAUUGACCUCGUCAAGCGUUACCGCGUGUCUAUGACCCCGCCCUUCUUCAAGCUUUUGGACGCGUCGGUGAUCUCGUCUAUCGACUACGACAUCCACAUCUGGAACUACCACACUUUGUGUGCCAUGUCUGACACCAUUAUCAACUACAAGGAGCUCUGGGAAGUCGUAACGAACUAUGUCUCCACUGCGCGAGCCGUAGGUACCCCCGUUGUUGUUGAUGACGUUUGGGUGUCCCUCCGUCGUAUUCUUACGAAUCGGCUCCAACGCGCCUCUGCCUUGGGAGACCACGGCUCUGCCGCCACCAUCCAGUCUCGUUCUCAGUUUGCCGCGCCUGAUGGCUCCUACCAUGCCCUUAACGCGUUCACCAUCCCGGCUUAUGCCCAUCAUGACUGCGUCAAAAUCCCCGGCAAGUCCUGCUUCUACUGUGGCGUUGCUAACCACACCCUCCCCAUGUGCCCUAUUCUAAAGUCGGACUAUGUCCGCAACACCAUGCGUGCUGGCUUUGACCGCACAGGCUUUGACAAAUACGGCUCUGCCCCCGCCAAGAAGCGCAAACGCGACGGCCUUGUCGCCAGGGUGGUUUUAGUGGCCGUGGAGGUCGUGAAGAUCGUAACCGUGGUGGUCGUGAUAACAGUGGUCACGGUGGAUAUGGACGUGAUGACCGUGGCAAUGGGGGUGGCUCUGGUGAUCGAGACCGCAGCCGUGAUCGUACUGGCCGUGACAACCGCGGCUCUGGUCGUUAUGACCGCUACUGCCAACUACACCAUCAUACCAUCCCCCCUCAACCGUGUCCUCGAAAAGCCUCAACCGUCUAGCGUGCUACCCAAAGUUUUCACUACGGGCUCUGCCCCACUGUUCGACGUAUUUGCAUCGCCGCCGCGCCCUCCACUACCUUUGACUCUUGCGCCUGCUUCGGCUCUAUCACUGGCACCAGUUACCGUCGACCCGGCCUCGUUGCCAGCCAACUACGGGUCUCCCGUUGACGCCGGUGAUCUCGACUUCGCUGAAGUCCCGUCUAGCGAGGUCCUUGUUACCGACCGUCUAGCCUCUACCCACCACGCCCUGCCUUCUUGGCUUCCCACAGCGACGCUAUUACCGCUGCAUCGGAAACACCCAUUAAGGUGGUUCUCCAACUUUCACCACGCUGUGUCGACGGUGUUCGUGCCCAUCCACACUUUCAAGCCAUCAAGAGAAAUGGCAUUUUUGCCCUACACGCGGAUCCCCGCUACUGCGGUGACCUAUGGUCCUGCCAACUUCCCCGCUCUGCGUGAACAUUGGAUCAUUGAUUCCGGUGCCUCCACCUCGUGCACCCCCAACCGAGAUUAUUUCUCGCGCUACGCCCCAUGUGUGCUGUCUUUGAUAGUCGGAAACGGCGCCAGGUUCCCAGUUGUCGGUUAUGGCGCCAUCUCGAUGCUAGUGGACAUGUCGUCCCACCACCAAGUCGAUGGCAUCGGUCCAUGCACUUUGCGCCUCAAUUUUGGCCUACAUUGCCCCGAACUACAGUUCAAACUGUUCUCCGUCCGCCAGGCGUCGGAUGACGACAUCACAGUCCGGUUUCCGGCUCGUGACGUGUGUGAGAUCACCACCUCCUUUGGAGACGUGCUUAAAGCACCCAACAAUGUCAUGGGCCUCUGCUCGUUCCCCUCCCAACCCAAGGUCGUGCUGACUCCAAACUCUCAGCAACUAGUCUUGCGCGCCUUUGGCACCACCGUCUCGCUUAUGCUCUUCAAGGCCAAGCACCUUCGUGGUCACUUAUGUGAGACUUGUGCUUACGCCAAGUCCAAGCGCAGUCCUUUUGACUCCUCAGCGGUCUUCCGUGCUACAUCCUACCUCGCCCUUGUCCACACGGACAUCUGGGGAACCCAGCCCGAUUCUGUCGGCGGGUGGCUCUGCCUGCUUCAUUUCUAUGAGACGUACGAACUAUUUCGUACGGAUGCCAUGUCUAUUCUUAAACAUGAUGUUGGCGCGUUGCGUCAUACGCACCCCACGGACAUUGGCACACUCCAAAGCGACAACGCCAAAGAGUUCGAGAAGCUCGACCGCCUCAUCCGGCCGAAGUACAACACUCGGGUGGCGUCUACUCACCUCAACAAAAUGCGGUCGCUGAACGCCAUCUCCAAGCUCGAUCCCCGUGCCGUCAAGACUAUGUUCGUGGGGCUCCCACACAACCGCAAGGGUUAUACCCUUUUAAACCUGCAUUCUCAUGCACGGAUCUACUCUCGUGACGUGACCUUCUGGGAGUCCGAAUUCCCGCCAUCAACUCUGUUGAAGCCGCCGUUGCGUAUCGCAAACGAUUUGCUUCAGAUCCUACUUUCGCCUAGUGCCUUCAUCUACGACAAGCAUCUGACUCCGUCACUCCCUGCCCCAUCCGUAGAACCACCGUCUUCUCAGCCCAUCAUGGCACUCACUGUGUCAUUCAUCAACUCGUCUCCCCAUGGACACAACUCUAUGGAGUCCCUCGUUUCCUACAGCAACCAACCGCAUUAUGCACUCUCGGCUUUGGCGUCUCCUUCCUUCCAAUCAACGAACUCUGUUCCUCCUUCAACUCCAAUGGGACCAUUGUUAGUCUACGCUCUGCUCGCCGACCGUGCCGACAACAGUGACCCCAAAAGACUGGCGUGA